AUGGCGAACGUCGGUGUGAAGGGCUCUCAGAACCCUGGGAUGGAAGGAAAGUUCGAUGUCGAGACGCGUGUAUUGAUCCGAAAACUGUCGCCAGGUCUAACCGCCGCCCAAAUCGCCCGUCACCAGCACUACCUGGCCAUCUUCGACACCCUUCGCACAGUGACCACCGUGAUUACCAAUUGGGAGGAGAUCGAGGAGACGAAGGAGGAGGUCAUUCUCGACUUGCCCGAGAUGGGCUCUACUGUCGAGGCGGCGGACGCCGUCGAGUCUGACGACGAGGGCAUCGAGUAUUUGGCGAUGCCGUUGUCUCGAAAGACGGACCGGAACUACCCCUCUCAGUACCAGGCGGAGUACGUCAAGGUUCCCUCAUUGGCCAUCGACAGCGUGCAUCCAACCGAAUCGACCUAUCAAAACAACCUUAUUUGGGACGAGAUGGAGUACCUGAGUCAGCCGCUCUCCCUCGAAAACGCAAGACAAGCGCUGGAUGAUGGUAACACAACACCGGAUUUCACCAGUGCAUUUGCAAUCGCCACCGAUCGAACGGGUGAUCUGGCUGGUAAUGCGAAGUCUCCUGCUUCCCCGGAAUGCUACUCGGAGGUCCUUGUUUCUGGACUUCGUUUUGGCGCGCUGGCGGCUCUAACAAUGCCCGAUAUUUUUGCUCCAUUGUGUCUAGACGAGCAAAUGCUGCAGGCUUCUUCGGCGCAGGAACACGAGACGAGCCUCUCGGCAACCCUGACCAGCGAUCUCCACAUGGAAGAGACGUCGAAGGUCUUGGCUGGUCCCGGGGACCAUCUAGACGCGGAAUGGGACAUGGAGACGGAACCCGCGGUCACCUCCUCCAAGAAACCCCUAACCGGCGGGUCCUGCGGUCUUCUGACCAAUCGAUCGAUAGCUUCUGCGACGGUAGAACUCGUCGCGCACCUUUCGCAAGGGGUUGGUAUCAAGGCGGGUCUGCUUAAGUCGCCAACGGCGCUCAAAAGCGUAUUUGUGGCAGCGCAGCUUCCAGAGGUCGCGGAACUUCACCUACGAGGCGCAAAACAACACACCUGGGUGCAAUCACAUGGCGGUCGCUGCUGCUGCGUGUGGACCUCAUGUGGCGGGGGCCACAUUUGA